CGCCCGCCCUCCCGCCACCUGUCUGGAAUACCCUUCCCAACGACAAAAAUGGCUCCCAAGGACGUUUUCGCUAUGAAAAUCUCCGAUUUCCCCGAGUCGCUCCGCCCCAUCCUCGAGGAGAUCGACAACGAGGGUGACGGCAUGCUGGAGAUCGACGAGAUAACCGAGAUUUUCCAAAUGUUCGCGGCGCAAAAGAGGGCAGCCAAAGAUGGGGAAAUCGCGUUGUGCACACUUCCCAAGGAACUGCGUCCCACGCUCGCAGUGUUCGACGUCGACGGCGACGGCACCGUAUCCGGAACAGAGCUCGCCAUCGCAGCCAAGCUUUACCACGAGAGCAAGAAACAGAACAAGAGGCUGAUGAAAGCCGUCGCGCUCCUCCUCUUCGUCCUCCUCGGGCUGGUCGGCGCAAUCGUCGGUCUCACUGCAACAGUAAUUGAAGCCUCCAAGGAGACAAAGACUGACGCUUCGGGCAUCACCCGCGUGGCCGGAAGCGACGUGCCCGCCUCGAGCGGGUCGAUCAUCGUUCAGAACUCGCUUCACGACUCGUACGCCCUCGAUUAUACCGCGCUCGACGCCACCAAAAGCCUCUACCUCCAGAACGCCGACGGCACUGCGGAGUACUCGUACACAAUCACUGGUUGGACGAAGGACACCAACGCCAAGAAUGUCGUCUUCUACUCGGCCCGAGGCGACACCAUCGCCGUUGAUGAACUCGGCGACAUUAUUGUCAAGGACAGCUCAGACAGCGAGUUGCUCGCCAUCCCAAAGAAUGGUCGUAAGCUGACUGGCUUUUUCUCUGCGUUGAUGACGUCGGGCAGUUUCAUGAUGAUGCAGGCCGGGGCCUUCUGAGCGACGGGUUUCCCUGGGCGCCAUCAGCGGAACGUUUCAAAUUUGGGCUGUCGACAUCCCUAUUUAGCUCCCUUGUUUUCUAACGUCUACUGUGAUGUAAAAAAAUAUGUUGUGUACACUU